AUGCAGGUAAAAGCAGGGUGCCUUUGCAAGAAAGUUAAGCGGUGGUUUGAUGACACCCAAGGAUCUGGGCCUGAUUUGCAAUACAGGUUCACAGGCAAGGAGUCUCGUAGGUUUUGUUACAAUUAUAUGAGCUUAGUCAAUGCACUAAGUGAUGAUAAUGACACAAAAGCAGACAGACAGGCUAUCCUUGUCUUUGCCUACUUAGGGCAGAGACUACGGGACAGUGUGUCUCUCAUAAACAGAUUUGACAUUAAAGAAGAGCAACUCGCCCAGCUUACUCUUGCAGCACAAGAGUAUUUGAGGGUGAAUGCAAUGUUUUUGUCAACAUCU